CUAUCAAUAACAUCUACGAUCUUUACCACAUGCUCACAUAAACGUUUCAUGAUUCUUCUUUAAGAUCCUCUUGUACUUGCAAUAUGGCUAACAUAGAUGACCUUUUCAAGGCAUCUGGCGCCGGUAGCAAGCGCAAGCUAGAACCCCUUCGCGAUCCCAAUGAAAUUUACAAGUCUGCCCGUCUAACAUCGAACGGGUCUAGCAGUCGUCACGCGAGUGUUGAAGAAAUAGUAGACGUGGAUGACGACGAUACCGAGGCAGGGCCUUCGCUCCCACCUGACGAGGAGGACGAAUUUGGAGGUAGCGGACUGACUGCACAGGAGGAAGACGCGCUUGACUAUAUCGACGCGCUUGAUCCUGCUAAUGACCAACAACCUAUCAAAUUCGACAACGCAUGGUUACGGAAGACCGCGAUCAAUUUCGAGAAAUGUAUAAAUAAGAAUGCGGAGCUACGCGCUAAAUACGAGAACGAUCCUGAGAAAUUUGCCGAUAGCGAGAACCAUCUAGACCAGGAGAUCAGAAGCUUAUCUAUAUUGUCCGAGCAACCAGAACUUUACACCCUAUUCGUGAAGUUGGGUAGCGUCGCGAGCUUAGUUAGUCUAUUGGCGCACGAAAACACGGAUAUCGCAAUCGAUGCUGUGGAAGUUAUCAAUGAACUGACGGACGAGGAAGUUGUGGCUGAUGAGGAGCAGUGGGACACUCUUGCCGAUGCCCUUCUGGAAGAUGAUCUGUUGGGGUUACUGGUCUCGAAUUUCGAGAGGUUUGAUGAGAAGGAAGAGUCCGACCAGAAGGGUGUCUAUUAUGCUCUAGGUAUAAUAGAGAACCUAUGCAGCGGUAGGACGGCGACAAAAGAGAAAUUUGCGGAGAACGACAAGUUGCUUAAGUGGUUGUUACGACGGGUACAAGCUAAGGAGACCAAGUUCAGUCAAAAUAAGCAGUACGUGGCCGAGAUUCUCGCAAUCCUGAUGCAGGACUCUCCCCAAACCCGAAGGAGGCUAGCUGGCUUAGACGCUAUGGAGAUUCUUCUCCAACUCUCGUCAGCCUAUCGAAGACGUGACCCUGAAAAGGGGGGGUACGAAGAGGAAUACAUGGAGAACUUGUUCGAAGCUUUGACAUCUCUUGCAGACGAACCGGAAGGCAAAACCAAAUUUGUGGAGGCCGACGGCCCUGAGCUAUGCUUGUUGAUGCUGAAGGAUGGGAACAAGAGUAAGGCCUCUGCAUUACGACUCCUCACUCACGCCGUAGGGGGUUCCGGCGCAGCAGGAGUUGAGGUGUGUCAGAAAGUCGUUAAGGAUGGCGGACUAAAGGUCCUUUUCACCCUGUUUAUGAAGAAGAAGAAUGACAGGGCUACUAUGGAGCUUCUAAUUAGUAUAUUUGGGUCUUUGUUACGACUAUUACCCGCCGACUCGGACGAGCGAAUCCGAGCGUUAGCGAAGUUCGUUGAGAAGGAUUAUGAGAAGACGACGAAGCUAAUUAAAAUAAGGAGGGACUAUGCAACGCGGAUGAACGAGGUGGAAGAGGAAAUUGAAGAAGAGAAGAGGACUGCAGAUCGUGACUGGUUGCAAUCUCAAGAAAGCGAGUGGUUUUUACGACGACUCGAUGCUGGUUUGUUCUGUCUACAAACGAUAGACGUUAUACUAGCUUGGCUGAUCGCAGAGGACAACGGGGCGAAGAAGACAAUUCGCAAACUUCUAGCAGACCACGACGAGACAUUCGAUGCUAUCAGGAACACAUUACAAGAACAGAUCAAAGGGAUCGAAGCCCAGAACCCGGACAAGGAUCCAUGGGAUCUCAAGGAGAUGCUUUCAACGCUAGUGAAAUUCCUUCAGUAAUCUAGACGAGUAGAUAGCAUAGGUUCUAGCUUCGAGAUGAAUCAAUUGAUAAAUAAUGCGUAUCGUACUGGCUUCUUAGCGCGGCAUUCCUGGAUACCUCAGAUGUCUUCUAUGAACAGACAAGACAAGCUUCUUGC